AGCUUGUGUGGAUGUGCACCCCUUUCACUGUCUGUCAGUGAUUUGUGCUUUUCUCUUCCUUAUUAUGGAGAUGGCAGAGGAGACGUUGAUGUCAGCAGCCUUAGCGAGGUCCCAGUCCUUCCACACCUUCAACACACCGCAGAAUUCGGCGAAUAAAAGCGGAAAUAACUUAGAAUGUCGUGUGUGUGAAGAUGGAUUCAGUCUGGGUGGCGAUAAAGUGCCACGGCUACUGUUCUGUGGCCAUACCCUUUGCCAUGCGUGUCUACUGAGACUCCCCACACAUGAUAACAACAUUCACUGCCCAUUUGACAGACAACCAACACCUAUUGGUGCAUCAGGUGUGUGGGGUCUCAAGAAAAACUUUGCCCUACUUGAACUCCUAGAAAGACUGUCAUUAUCACGGUCAGAUGCAGUCCUCCUACCAGAAGUCCUAGUACAGCAGAAAGAGCUGGGUAUAUCCUGUGAUGAAGAUGAAGAUCACUUAGCAGUACUUUAUUGUACAGUGUGUGCAUCUCAUCUUUGCCUGGAAUGCUCUGAAAGAACCCAUGCCACGAGAACAUUACACAAGCAUAAACGCAUUCCUUUAUCAGAGAAGCCGCGUGAGAAACCAAGAUGUGUGGACCACUCGUUUCACCCAGUGGAAUUUGUGUGUCUGGAGGAGGAGUGUCAAGCUGCCCCUUUGAUGUGCUUCAUUUGCAAAGAUUACAAACACACCAAACACAAGCAUGUAUUGUUAGAGCAGGAAGCGGAGAGGAUUCGCUCCACUAUCAGUGCAGCCAUACAGCAUAUCAAGAGGGUGGCUCAGGAGUUGACAGACUCUGCACACAAACUUGAAAGUGUUGCUCGUCAGCUAGAGGGACCUGCCCCUGAGACUGCUGCUCUGGAAAUGAGUGCUGGAGGAACUGCCGAGGAGGCCAGAGCACGUGUCAAACAGUAUUUUGCCCAGUUGAGAGAUCAGCUGACAAGGCAGGAAUCGCAGGCUAUGACUGUACUGGAUGCUCACAUUCGGGAAAGACUCUGCUCCAUUAGGCAGCAGCAGGAAGAUAUGACAACCCUCCUCUCACAAAUGGUAACAGUAGUUGUGGAUGGUGAGCGAGCCAUCCAGCAAGAUGAUGGAAGGUUGAUAAUGGCAUCCCAAGACCUUUCUGCACGACUGGCACAUGUCACCUCACAGGAGCAACAGCUGGCCAACUUGGCAUCUCUGGUUCCAGAUCCUGCUAUCCCUAUCACAUUUACCAAAGAUAACCGUAUUCAUAUUGGGGCCAGGAUAGAGAUGCGUGUAGUUACCCUUGGGCUGGAUGGUGCAGGCAAGACCUCCAUAUUGUUCAAACUAAAGCAAGAUGAAUUUGUGUCAACCAUCCCAACCAUAGGCUUCAAUGUGGAGACCAUUGAAUAUAAAAACUUCAAGUUUACAGUGUGGGACGUUGGUGGCCAGCCAAAGCUGAGACCCCUGUGGAGGCAUUACUACUUCAAUACCCAGGCUGUCAUUUUUGUUGUGGAUGCUACAGAUGUUGAUAGACUUGUAGAGGCUCAGUCGGAACUGACCAAACUUAUGACUGAGCGCGAGUUGAAGGAUGCUUCUCUGUUGAUUUUUGCCAACAAGGAGAAUUGUGAUGGUGCCCUUGGAGUGGCAGCUCUGACUGAGAGCUUGGGGGUCCACAAGCUGUGCCUUGGCCGCUCCUGGCACAUCCAGCCAUGUGAUGCCCAGUCGGGAAUGGGUCUUCACCAAGGCCUAGACUGGCUGGCGCGACAACUCGUUCCCUCAGAAGUCCUGAAUUCAGCAGGGUGAUUCUUGGUUGCUGAAUUAAGAGGCAUUUAACACACACACUCACAUACCCAAAGGUGAAAGAUGAUAUGAAUGGGAAAACUUGAGUAUCAAUGGUAUAGAAAUAUGUAUUAAUGUUCUCCCUCUACUUCCCUCAUGGGAGUAAAUAAUGCCAGAAAGUCCAAGAAGAAUGGCUGUUUGAUGGGAAAAUUCUUUGAAGCACAGUAUUGAUCUACUGUUGUAAUGUUGCAUGGGUUGAAAAUCAUAUCACUCUAAAAAAAUUGUUAGCAGGUAUAGCAUCAUUCAGGUUGAUGAAUGAUAGGAGAUUGGAGAGAAUGUCAAGAUGUUUAAAGGAUAUGAAAGAUUUGAUUGCAGU